CCGCCGAGCUUUUUGGCCUGAUAUCCAUGUUCGGUUCGUUCUCCACGCUCGAGAACAUCUCCAAUGCGGCUCCCAGGCCCAAGCGACGACAGGUUCUGCGGGCCUGCGACGCGUGCCGUAUCAAGCGUUGCAAAUGCGACGAUUCCAUGCCCUGUUCCACCUGCGUCAGCCGAGGCUGGGCCUGCUCUCGGAGUCACUCCAGCUUGCAACCAACCAGCUUAUCGUCGGCAUUGAUCCAAAUUUCGGCCCUCCAAGAACGCAUCCGAGACUUGGAAUCGCGCCCAAGGAUCGAAGAUCUGGCCGAAUGGAGCCAUACAAGCAAAAGACGGAAGUCCUUGUGGGCAAAAGAUAGGUUAUUGGAUAACGGAUCCUACUCUGGGCCGCUGUCAACCGCUUACUUCGUCGCUUGCAUCAAAAAAUACCUGGAUUCACAUCCCGAUAAGACACCAUUUGGGCCUACGUUCUCUUACCAGUCACUGCCCAUAAAUUGUCGCCAGCCACGCAAGAUACAAGAUGCAGAUCUGCCUUGCUCUCAGAAUACAGAACCACCCGCCAACUCUGAAAUCCUCCCCAAGGCUCGACAGACCCAGUACAUUCACCAAUUCUGGUACCUGUAUCAUCCAUUACUACCGAUCCUAUGCGAAAAAGACUUUACUGAAGAGUUCGCGUCAUUAUGGAAGAUGGAUGUGACCAUGCAGAGGUCUUCAUCAGCCUUGACGGAUAUCAUCAUCGCCAAUUGCGCACUGGCUCAGUCGUCACAGUCGAAUCAGCCGAUGGUGCAAGGAGGCCAGUCGUGGACUCAUGACGAUAUAUCAGUCUGGCAUUAUCGUCGCUGCAAACGAUUUCUGGAUGAUGAGCUGGAGACUCCGACGCUGAGCACCCUGCAGAGUUCUAUCCUAGUCUCUGUCUACUUGUACAACGCGGCCCAUCCAUCUGCCGCAUACAAUGCUCUGGGGACUGCCGUACGCAUUGCGUAUAGCCUCGGUCUUCAUCGUGAUCCGCCUCCCGUGCUGAGCAUCACUAAACAGGAGCUUCGGAGGCGCAUCUGGUGGAGUCUGUACAUCCUUGACAGCAGGCUGUCUCUCGAGCUGGGCCGGCCCGCUCUCGUCACUCUGUACGAGAGCGACUGUCGGUUACCCGCCGACGAUAUCCAAACCGCACGAGCUGCAUGUUUAAAGACAUUUGCAUCUACCGCCGAGGUGACAUGGCUCACCUAUACAGUACAGCUCGCAAAACUUCUGACUAUUGUGCGGUCGAUUGUUGUGGAUGUAUACGAAGAAAACAUCCACGAAGAACCCGAAUCCGAUUCGCCAGAGAGCGAGCAACGGCUGUUGGAUGGAAGAGAGUCUGCAUCCAAAACACUCCAAACCCAUUUGACUCGUCUUCAGGCCUGGGUCGAAGCUCUCCCUGGCGAUCUUUGUCUGUCUCGGAGCGGCAGUGAGCCCAUACCGUCCCCCGAGUCCUUCAGCAUUGAGUUGGACUUUUACGCCCCCAAAUGGCUACAACUUCAGCGAGUAUUUCUUCAGCUUCUCUUCCACGAUGCGUUCGUAUCCCUGAUUCGCCCUAUGUCUUUCCUUGGGAGAGAUGGUGUCGCCGACGAGCUGAUGCAGCAUCUUCACGGUCACACCAAUGCGAUCAUUCGAGCAUGCCAGCAGCUAUAUUCAGAAACAGAUAUUUGGACUCAUCAUCCGGAACUUUCUUCUAUCCUGUGGAGUGCGACUGUUACCAAUUUCAGCAGACUUCUUUCUGUAACAGAGGAAAGUGAGGCUUUCUCCUGCCUGGCAAUUGUCGUUGAGAUGUUCCAAACUCUAGAUUCAGUCGACCCAAGUGCCAUACUGGCACUGACCAAUGUGCGUAGGGUUCCAUUUGCUGGUCAAUGGGCAUCCGAAUCUUUACGAACCGUUGCGAACGGAGUGGCUCAGGAAUCGCAAUCCAUCAAUGACGAGGUGAAUCCUCUUGGAAUUGUGCCUUCAAUACUAACGGACGGACAUGAUGCCUCCGAGACUGGGUCACCACUACCAAUCCUUGACUGGGCUCACCCCAACCCAGGAAUAGAUCCUAGUCUAUGGAUGAACGAUAUUACAUGGCUACAGGGAUGAUUUUUCAUCCUUCCAUUAUUAAAUUGACAGCUUACUAUUGUCAUAUCUUAUUCAUCAUUUGUCCUGAACAAUUUCUGGCAACUGGCAACUUUCUUAUUCCAGUUACUACUCACUCUCAUUGCUUUUUAAACAAUUAUAC